ACUCCAGCACGGUCCCGUCUGUCACAGCUCCUCUGGACUUUACUCUGAGCAGGAUCAAAUCUCAGUGGCAUUAUCGCAGAAUGGAUAUGAAGCUGUUGGCACUCCUGGCUGCGCUCAUGGUGGUGAUAUAUGCGCCUCCAUCACAAGCAAAGCCUAUCAGCCUGGUGGAGAGAUGCUACUGUCGUUCCACGGUCAACAGCCUCCCACGAGGCUACAUCCGAGAGCUCAGGUUCAUCCACACGCCCAACUGCCCCUUCCAAGUGAUUGCUAAGCUGAAGUCAAACAAAGAAGUGUGUGUGAACCCAGAGAUCCCGUGGCUGCAGCAGUACCUGAAGAACGCCAUCAAAAGAAUGAAGAAAUCCAGAAAGGGCCACUAAAAACUCCAGGAUUGUUCCUCAUGAGGCAUCACUGAGGGUCAGAAACAUCACAAUAUAUAACAUGUAAUACGAGAUCAUCUGGUAUGUUGAACAGCACUUAUAUCGGCUGCCAUGCUGCAGCCUUUUGAAUUGAUAAAAUCUGCAACCCUUCACCGUGAACACACCCGCCUUCACCAUUACCACCCUCACCGUUUAUAGAGAUUAUAGAAGUUAUUAAUUCAAAGUGAAAAUAUACCUGUGAGUGUGUGUUUUUCUAACUAUAAUGUAUAUACUUUUUUUUUUAAUGGACAUCAACAGUAAAAAGCUAUUUUUGGAGAUUGUUUCGUCCCUCUGGCCUUUCUGUCAUUUGAGAAAAAUGAUGAAUCCUGGUGUCAUAAUGUGAGAUAGUUGUAGGUCAGAUGGAGAAUGUUGUCCAUCAACAACACGAGUUAACAUCCCACUUACAAGUAGCAGAGUCCUUUCAUCCACUAAAGUAGCAGAAAACCAUUAUCAUCCUCAACGUGGUAUCUGCUAUCCGACUUUUCUCUGGUUUGAAACUGAACAAAAUAAAGAACAAUGUAAGUUUCUCAUCUGAACACAAGCAGAGUCACAGAGGUUGCCAAGUCGUAUUUCAUGUCCCAAGUUAAUUGGCACUGUGGAAUUUCAAUGGGUGCCAGCUACCCCCAGACUGAAUAUAAGAUGCAUAAAAGAUCCUAUUAAAAAGUUUUUUGUGAUGGAAAUUAGGAUGCCAGAAGAGCUUGAGCUGUGUUAUCCAACAUGCCUGGGUUUUUUCCUUCUUAGAAAGAAGCAGAACAUCUGGAUCCCAAACCGUUUAAAUUGGAUGACCAAUAAGUCUACAUUUACUGGAAUCAUCAUGCUGUGCCACUUAACAAGAGACGCUAAGAACAAAUGGUGAUAGUCACCGACCACAGUAAGGGGUCUUACCAUAUUGGUGUCAAAAAGCCGGAUCCUGAUUAAAAAACUCUCACUGUUACCGCAUCAGUAGUUAAAAUACAAUGUUACAUUGAAAACCAUAGCAGAGAAAGUAGUAUUACUUACAAUUAAAGAUGACUGUCAUUUAGUCAUGUGAAUAGCAAUGCACUUUAUAUCUGAUGUAUUCAUGUUUUAACAACAUCAUUUACUAUGAAUCACUAAGUUUGCUCAUUAAAUUCUGACUUUUGUCUUUUUUUAUGUUAUUCAUGCUGUUUCCAUUCUUUUCUACUCCUUUCUGAUCAUUGAAUGUGCAGCUGCCUUUUACUGCUAAACAUUGGGUGAAGUUUUCAUAUAUUCAUUAAAAUCUUUUUGUCACAUGUACAAUUAUUAUUAUACAAAUGUUUUAUUUUUGUACUCCUUUGCAUUUAUGUAUUAAAACUAAACAUUUAAAUGAAGGAACUGUACUCUCACAAUUGAGUCUUGAAGCCUACUUUUUAUUGCAGUGCUUGUAUGCAUUUGGCCAGUAAAAAGCGAAUCUUUAAAAACGGAAUAGUUGCCAAUUCAACGUAUGCUGUCCUAUAGAUAUAACAAGCCUUUUCGAGACUCCCAUCAGUUGCCCACAUACACACAGUCUGGUUAAGUGGCUCUUUUUAUCUUUAUAUUCGGUGCAGAGCAAGCCUCACACAGCUGCUGUAAUCUUACUGUACCAGAGGGUCAGAGGCUAAAUCUAAAGACUUUGAUGUGUGAACAUGUGUUUAGUUUUACUCACAAGUGCAUAGGAAAGGCAAGUACAAUGAUUCUGCCUGUUAUUUAACUAUUAACUCAACAAGCCACCAUUAGGAAAACAUUAGCACUAAAAGGGAUGAACUUUCAACUUCCCUCUGAGGGCAUUUGGGGAGGCGGAGCACAGUAGUUUAUGUGAUGAGAGGGGCCUGCUGAUUGUAACAUCGGGGGCAGAUAAAGGGCUUGGAGUGGCAGUCAACAAUUUGUCUAUGAUUAGCUUUGAAGUCCGGUUUAAGAGGGAUAAAAGCAGAGUCAGCACUCUUGAGUGAGAUAACACCAUUGAUUAAGCCACUUAUUUAGCACUGGUGUGUGAAUAUGGAGUUGAAAUUAAUCAGAUAUAAUCACUAUGUAAACUGAUAUCACUGCAGGAAUCUCCAGGUAGCAACAAUUAUUUCCCCUGAGUAAUGUGAAGAUUGGGCAGCUUUAUCAUGUAACAUUUGAUCAGACAGAUUUUCAUAUAUUUAAGUGUUACCUUUUUGUACUCUGAGUAAACCAUUAAAACUUAAAUACACAUACAA